CGUUGUAAAUGUUGGUUCCCGCCAUCACCGCGCAGUGUUGUGAGGCGUCGUGCUCCACUGUCAACAAACUGGCAGCAGCCCGUGAAUGCCGGUAAAACUCUCUUUCUGCCUUCGCAUGACUUCAGAAAACGACCCUUCGGCUUAAAACUGUCGAGACCACCGCGCAGCAUCGACGGGUCUGAAAUUCCCCCCUGGACCGUUGUGCUUCUUCAUCUAAACUCACAGAAAUGACGUCUUUAGCCACAAAACUGUCCAGCGGCUCGGCGGUGAAGAUCCGCGUCAACAGUUUGGACCUGGGGACGACGAAGUGGAAGGAGGGCACGUUUGAGAUCCAGGAGAAGGACAACAAGGCCAGCCUCUGUCUGCGGUUUAACUGUGGAGGAGCGGCCAGAACGUUUCAGCUGAGUCAGAAUGUGAAGAAAGUGGCUCCUCUCGCGAAUAAGAUCACCCUCACUCUGAAGGACAACAGUGUGAUUUUUCUGGACAAACUGCCCGUGACUUUGGCUCAGAAGACCAAAGAUUACCUGGAGAAACUCCGGCUCGGAAAACCUGUUUUAAAAACCUCGUAUGGAAGUGCAAACUUCAGUGUCCUCAGCAACCGACCCGUGAAGAAUGACUCCAACCCUCCAGGAGAGAGACAGAGCACUCCUCGUCGACAGAGCUCUGAGGGCAGAGAGGACUCGACUCCUCGUAAACCUCUGGGCAGCCCGAGCCGAGCCGCCUCCACCCCCACACGCCCUCUGUCUGAGAACAGGAGUGAGAAGAGAAAGCGGCUCAUGAACUCUGAGAGUGACCUGACCGAGGACUAUCCCAAAGAGAACGACUCCUCCAGCAACAACAAGGCCACUUCAGACCCGGCCAGGAAGUUUUUACAGAGCUGCAAAGACAAACUCAAACAACAGGAGGAAAACAGAAACUCAGCUCCUCUGGGCUCGACUCCUCUCCAGCCGACCUCGUUCUACGGGAGCAGAUCAGUGACGAAGGAUUACAGCCAGAGCCACUCUUUCCUCGACAGACCCUCGUCCACAGCGCAGUCGUCCUCCGCUAAAAGAAGUCUUCUGCUGCCGAACCACUCGACGCCGUUCAAAAAGGUCCGGCCGUCUCUGGACUACGGAGGCUGGAACAAGCAGAGGCCCACCGCUCUGGCCCAGCCGCAGCCUCCUCUGCAGGGUUUCUCGAACCUGGGUAACACCUGCUACAUGAAUGCGAUUCUGCAGUCUCUGUUCAGCCUCCCGUCUUUCUCCAACGACAUGUUAAAGCAGAGCAUCCCCUGGAAGAAAGUGCCCAUCAACGCACUGCUCAGACGUUUCGCUCACCUCAUAGCCAAGAAGGACGUCGGCUGUCCAGAGACGAAGAAAGACCUGCUCAGAAAAGUCAAGAGCGCCAUUUCUUCAACCGCCGAGAGGUUUUCAGGAAACAUGCAAAAUGAUGCUCAUGAGUUCUUGAGCCAGUGCAUGGACCAGCUGAAGGACGACGUCGAGAAGAUGAACAAGAGCUGGUCCAGUGAAACCUCCCCCUCUUCCUCCUCCACCGCCGCCUCCUCCGCCUCCGGUGAAAGCGGCGCCUCGGCUUCAGCGCGGGCGGAACCAGGAGAGGAGGCCGACACUUCACGCAUCUACACCUGCCCCGUGGCCGUCAACAUGGAGUUUGAGGUCCAGCACACCAUCACGUGCAAAUGUUGCGGCGAAGUGGUGACCAAACGUGAGGUGUUCAACGACCUGUCCAUCGACCUGCCUCGGAGGAAGAAGACUCUGCCCCUGCGCUCCAUACAGGACUCUCUGGACCUGUUCUUCAGAAUGGAGGAGAUCGAGUAUUCCUGCGAAAAGUGCAACGGCAAAGCGGCAACCGUGACGCACAAGUUCAGCAAGCUCCCGAGAGUCCUGAUCCUGCAUCUGAAGAGGUACAGUUUUAACGCACAGCUCUCCCUGAACUCCAAACUGGGCCAGCAGGUGGUCAUCCCGCGUUUCCUCACACUCUCGUCUCACUGCACAGAGUCCACACGGGCCCCCGUCAGCCUCAGCUGGACCACGGCGGCCAGAACGCUCAAGACCGCACAGGCGCCCGUGUCUUUAAUCCCAAGGAGGGUGGGAGGGAGAGCGACCGGCUCGUCUCUGCUCCUGGACUCGGACGGAGAAGAGGAGCUGAACAGAAAAGUGACUCUGAGCCGAAAGAGGCGUCUGAGCAGCUGUUUGACCGAAGAGAGCGAAGAGCGAGCGGAGGAGCCCACAGCCAUGAUAGAGUCUUCAGACUUCAGCCUAAACGAUGAGGAGAUGCUCGCCGCGGUGCUGGAGAUGAGCAGACAGGAGGCGGGGCUACAGGGGGCGGGGCCCGAGGAAGGCGUGGGGCCGGAGGAGGGGGCGGGGCUGGGGGAGGAGCCCAGCAGCAGCCCUGACACCGGGUUUGGAGACGCAGAGACUGGACCAGAGCUGGUGUAUCACACGGAGCUGGAGACGGAGCGGCCGCCUGCAGACGUGUUGGACUCUCUGGACCUGACCAUGGACGAGAACAAAGAGAACCAGACUCCAGAGGCCCAGGAGAUCGACUGGGUUCAACAGUACAGUCUGGAGCAGGAGAGGGAGGAGCAGGAGCUACAGCAGGCCCUGGCACAGAGUCUACAGGAGCAUGAGGCUCAGGAGAUGAGGGAGGACGAUGACCUGAAGAGGGCGACAGAGCUCAGUUUACAAGAGUUCAAUAACUCUCUACCGGAGCUGCUGUGUUCAGACGAUUCUGGAAACGAGGACGUCCUGGACAUGGAGUACACUGAGGCCGAGGCCGAGAACCUGAGGAGGAACGCAGAGAGUGGAUUUUUGCCAAACUCCUUCCGUCUCAUCAGUGUGGUCAGUCACAUCGGCAGCAGCUCCUCCUCUGGACACUACAUCAGCGACGUGUACGACAUGAAGAAACAGUCGUGGCUCACCUACAACGACCUGGACGUGUCUCGGACUCAAGAGGGCGCUGUUCAGAGGGACCGGGACCGCAGCGGCUACAUAUUCUUCUACAUGCACAAGGACGUCUUCGAGCAGCUGUCUGAGAUGGAGAGAUCCGGUCCUGGAAGUUCGUCCGACGCAUCGAGAAACGUUUUGCAGCCACUUUAAAGAAAAAAACAAACUUUACAAACCUUUUGAAAAACCCUCAAACUGCUCUAUAUCUCCCACAUAUUCUGUCCACCGUCCUGCAAACCUUUAGACCAAAACACCGGAUACUGCCAACGAUAGACCCAGAAUAACUUCAUAUUUAGUGAAUCCAUCAUAAGCUUUUGGGGGGUUUGUGGAUUUGCUUUGCUAUAAAUUGAUCUGUUUUGUAAAUGUUCAGAUGUUUCUGUUCAGAUGUAUUGCUGUUCUCUUCAAAGCGACUAUUGGACUAUGGAUUGUAUGUUUUCAAAGUAUAAAUAAAGUUUUAUUCUAUGGUGAUCCAAGCUACAAGUG